CAGGAUGAGGCUAAUGAGAUCGACCACAUGCUGUAUCAUCUAAAGUGCUGACCUCUGCCAAGGAGGUGAUGGUUUCACUGCUGUUUCAUUGGCUCUUUAAAUUUUAGCAGGAUUGUGCAGAAAAACAACUUAUUGUAACUUGGGGAGGUAAUGGUCUAGUGGUUAAAGCCUUGGGCUUGAGACCAAAGGAUCCUGGGUUCAAAUCCCAGUGAAGCAUUGAUGUGUAAAGCGCUUUGAGCAUCUGAUGCAGAUGGAAAAGCACUAUAUAAAUGCAGUCCAUUUACCAUUUGUGAAAUUUGGUGGAAGCGUGCUCUAAGAGCCAAGGAGGAAACCAGUAACUUUUAGGAUGGGCUGCUUGGUGUACUGCAACGCGACAAGUGACCGAAAAUGAAUAGUGCAAUAGGAGACUGGGAACUUUAAUGGCAGAUGAGAAAAUGUUUUGUGCUGAAAAUUCAUUCAGUAUAAGUCAAUCAUUCAGCUUUAUUUGGCUCCUCAAUGAAGGAGCUUUGAAUGGUUUGAUUACUGGGACCUGAAGUGUUCAUGUGGUUUGGUACUAAAUCCAAGAGUCAAGCUGCAGCCUGAUGACAGUUGGAAUCACACGCUGCUUUGUUUAGAAGUGAUCUGCUAAUGACAUUAAGGAUUCUUGCGUCCGCAGCUAAUCUCUUUGAGCAUCAGGGAGGUCAUCUGACAAAUUCUCUUAAGAGGAGACGGCGACGGCGCAGAGACAAGUACACGUGGAUGCUGCACUUUACAGCUUGGACAAACGAAGCCACUAAUCUGAAGCAGACUUUCCCCUGGUUUAGACGUUAGUACCCACACUGCUGCUCCUCCAGAUAAUCUGCCAGAUACUUGAGUCUGCUGCGGAAAUGGCUUCCCUCAUGUCUUUGGGAGCUCCUUUCAAGCAGUUCACCAGCUGCAUGUCGGGGAGGAACACCGAGAGAGGGGAGAAGAGGAGCCAGUCUGCCCGCAGAAUGAGCUUCACCUGGAGGAAGAGCAUCAGGAGGAGGAGUGUCCCCUGCAGCAGCCAGAAAGUUCCAGACUCCUGGCUCAGGGUCUACCAGGCUGAACUCAAGAAAGAAAGGAAACGACAGCAGGCCAUGUUGGCUAAGAAGAACGCUGAAAGGACAGUGAGAAAAACUCACUUCAGGAGCCACCACUGCCUGCCCAGGGUGAGUGAGCAGCUCAGUGUAGGAAAGACCAGCUUUUACUCAACAGUAUCAAAAGUCCAACCUGCUUCCAUGUCUAUAUUCAGCAGAGCGCCACGGCCAAGAAACCAGUCAAGGGCGAGUCCUUCUUUGGUGCCUUCCAGGGUCUGAAUCUGGACGGACUGACAUUAGCCAAUCAGGGUUCUGCUGCUGCAGCAGACCAGUGCAAAGUGAUGUGAGACCCAUCAAAGAUGGACUACAUAAGAAAACGAAUGGGGGUGGGGGGGGGCAACCGAUGUGGAGAAGUGAUUUGGGGGGAGGGGGGGAGCUGUUAUUAAAAGAACUACAACUUAUUGUUCAGUCAGGAUGUCUCAACAAUCUUACAAAUGUUUGUAAAAUGUAAAGAAUUUUUUUUUUUUUACUGAAAAUUAAAAGUGAAAAUCCUGCACAACUACUUCAGUUAAAACCACGGUAGUUGGAAAAGAUGUUUAAAUGAGUUUAUUGUAGGUUUCCAAAACAUAAAUAGGAAUUUGUUCUCUGGUAAUUUCACUGACCAUAUUUGUACAGAAGACAUGCACAAAGACAAACUGCAUUUACACUGCAAGACGAGUGUAGAAUUACUUCUCUAAAAUCAGACUGUGACUUGCACAUUUUAGAAGUUGGCUUUUGAAGAUGAUGCCAAGGGGAGGCUUCACGGGAACAAGAUUUAUUUCUAAAA